CCGUCCCGCGUUCCCCGCGAGAGACAUGGCCGGGAGCAGUGAGAAGGCGCCAGACUCCGGGCGAGGCGUCGUGCUUCUGGAUAAUUGGCCAGGCUAUGAUUUGGAUUUAUUCACGUACCCACAGCACUAUUAUGGUGAUUUGGAGUGUGUGCUCAUCCCCCACGGCAUCAUAGUGGACAGAAUUGAGCGGCUGGCUAAGGAUAUAAUGAAAGACAUAGGCUACCAUGAUAUUCUGGUCCUGUGUGUACUGAAAGGAGGUUACCAGUUCUGUGCUGAUCUUGUAGAACACCUCAAGAACAUCAGCCGAAAUUCAGAUCGAUUUGUCUCUAUGAAGGUUGACUUCAUCAGGCUAAAAAGUUACAAGAAUGAUCGGUCCAUGGGUGAGAUGCAGAUCAUUGGAGGCGAGGAUCUUUCAACACUGGCUGGAAAGAAUGUCCUCAUCGUUGAGGACGUUGUUGGAACCGGGAGGACCAUGAAAGCCCUGCUCAGCAGCAUUGAGAAAUACAAACCCAACAUGGUGAAGGUAGCCAGUUUACUGGUGAAGAGGACAGCCAGAAGCGACAGCUUUAGACCUGACUACGCUGGAUUUGAGAUCCCAGAUAUCUUUGUGGUGGGCUACGCCUUAGACUACAAUGAGUACUUCCGAGACCUUAAUCACAUUUGUGUGAUCAACGAGCACGGCAAAGAAAAAUAUCGAAUAUGAUGAAGCAAAACUCGUCAAUGUCUUUCCCAGAUACGGCGAUUCUUCUGCCCUGCUACUCAGAAAGCCAGGAUGUAAAGUCUGUCUCUGUAGCCAUCUUUACUCAGCUAGGUAUUAAAAGACGAGCUCACUUUUUACAGAGAUUAGAAUGUAAACAGCAAAGGUUCUUCGGGAGGAGAAGACUAUGCUUGCUUUUGACUCAUUACAAAUUAAAUAUCUGCUCCCCAAAAUUCCACCCACUUCAUGCUCCUCCUUUAGUACAGUCACUAUGUGCCAAGACGCUUCAUAGGAAUGCACCCACCCGAUGACUCAAAUACAGUUCACGUAUCUCCUUUAAUACUGUUUUUU